CUCCACCGCGAGGGCGCCCGACUCCCCCUGUGCCGUGCAAGUUUUCUUAUGGGCGUCCACCGGACUGCCCCCUCGGGACCGCAUCGCGGUGUGCCGCCGGCCUGCGCCUCUGGCAGGCCAUAGCGGCCGGCUGCGGGGCAAGGCAGGCAUCCUGCUGCCACCGACCGCCCCCAUUGGGCGAUUGUCCCCUGCAGCCUCGGACAGUCGGAGAGCGCCGGCGGCGCGCAGAGCAGGGCAGCAACCUGGGGCGGCCAUCCCGAGGGUUAGGUCGGGCACGUCCUCCCACGGGCGGAUUUCGGGAGAGAGACUAAAAGCAGUCGGAGAAACAUCCGAGGAGGAGGAGGAGAAGGAGGAGGAGGAGGCGCGUGCCGCGUGCCGCGAGGCCGCCGGGGCACGGCCAGCGCCGGCGCCGCCGCCCGCCGAAGCCCAGCGAGAGGUGAGGGGCGGCGGCGCGGCGCGUGCUGAAUUCGGCUGGGCCCGCGGGGCGGGCGAUUUGUUCUGCCAGGGUUGGCGGCGCGCAGAAGGGAGCAGGGGGAGGGGGAAGGCUUCUCAAAAAGGGGGGCUGCCUCUAAGAAGGCGGGAGGGAGGGAGCGCUGUCGACGGGAGGGGGGCGCUGUCGUGAGCGGCUCGGGCUGCGCUGGUCGGGAAAUCUCUUCCCUCCAACCAAAGAGAGCGUGAGCGCCGUCGUGAGCGCCUCGGGCCGUACCGGUCGGGAGUACUCUUCCCUCCAAACCGAGCCCGGAGGGGCAAUGGCCCCAACAAGAACGUGCCAUGGACUUGAUGAGAGGAAGAGGACGAGGGGGAGGCUGAGGAGGAGGGCGAGGGCGAGGAGGAGGGCGAGGAGGAGGGCGAGGGGGGAUGGCCACGCGAAAUAUAUAAUUUAUAAAGACGCAGAGUCGCGGUCUUGCAUGCGGGGCUGCUGCAGCCGUGGGGAGGCUCUGUCGUCGGCGCCUCUCGCCCUGUGGCGCGCGCGACGCCCAGCAGCGGACUCGGACUCGGACUCGGGCUCGGACUCGGCUCCGCGCGUAUGGUGCCAUAAGGGCGCCGAGGCGCCUGCAUGGCAGAAGUCGGCAAAACAGCACUCACAUGUGAAACUGAUGCAUGAGAGGCUGUGAACAGCCGGAAUGCCAGGCACAUGAGCCAUGUCCGAGCCCGAGCGUGAAUCCGGACCGAAUGCACGGUGUCCCGGCGUGCCAGCCCAUUUGCUAUCGAUGCUGUGUCCCACCAUGUGGGAUGACGGAUAAUUACCUCCAUCUGCCAGGAGAAGACAUCGUCUGGCAGUGAAUCGUUGGCAGCGUCUGCGCGCCGACGCCCACCGACGCCACGCGGGCUCUCCGCCCGCCGGCGCCUGUGGGCGGAGGCCUCGCCCGAGAGGCCGGACGGGCGUGUAGGCGCGCCGAUGGCAAAAGCAGCCUGUCGGGGGGCGGCUACACACCGAGACGGUGGGCGGCGCGGCAAGCGCGUUCACCGGGCCCCAGAGCUCCUC